AUGGUCCGAUGUUUUGGACUGACGAUGCGUAUGAGUGGAGGCAAAGGAGGAUUUGGAAGUAUGUUGCGUGCACAAGGAGGUCGGAUGUCUUCUCAAAAGUCCACCAACACAGAUGCUUGUCGUGAUUUGAGCGGACGUCGUAUCAAGACUGUCAACGAGGCUAAAAGAAUAGCGGAAUAUGUUCAACAGGAACCAGAGAGAGAAAGGGCAAGGAAAGAAAGUCUGAAGCGCAAGAUUGAAGAAAAGUUGGAAUUGGCAGAACGACCGACCCGCAAACAUCGGUUUGAUGAUUCAAAGUUUUUUGAUGAGGCAGAGGAACAGGUGGAGGAGGUGAAGAGUGCGGUUGCUGCGGCCAUCAAAGCAAACAUGAAGUCUAGGAGUACAUCCCCACCAUCACCAUCAGGAUCUACUUCUUCUUCUUCUUCUUCUUCCUCGUCUUCCUCUCCAUCUUCAUCUUCAUCAUCAUCAUCAGCAGCAGCAGCAGCAGCAGCAAAUAUCGGUGAUUUGAAAGGAAAAGGAAAAGGAAAAGAAAAAGCAAAGGAGGUUGCUCCAAGAAAGCCUGUGAUUAAAAAACUUGGAAUGUGGUAA